AGCCAGUGGGUGACAACCCUGCCUGUGGCAGAGGCCUGGAACUGGAUGAUCUUUGAAGUCCCUUCUAAGCUAAAUCAUUUGUGCUUCAUGUUCAUUUUUCACUUCCUUCAAGAAAUGCAUUACUUCUCUGCAUCAACACUCUGCUUCUCAGAGUGUUGAUGAAGUAAUUCACCUGUAGUGUUCUUACGCUUUAUUUUUUUCCUUAGAAGAUAUAUGAAGUAUGAAGCUUUAUAAAUCAUACAAGUGCAGUAGAAUAUUUUCUUCUUACUCCUUUUUUGUUCAUUUUUUCUACAACAGUUAAAUUUUUAGAAGUUAUUAAGCCAUUCUGUGCAGUUUUACCUGAAAUCCAGAAGCCAGAAAGAAAGGUGAGUGCUACAUUGUGUUUUUACCUUAAUGUGUUCUCAGAUAAGAGAAUAAUGCGUUCAACUCCACACCACAAUACAGAUGCAGAUAGUGGGCCCUAAGGUAGGGCAUAUCCUUUGGGAGAAAGGAAAUCCACAUUAAGGUAAAAGGUUAUCAUCAUAAUGAAUUCCUGACAGCCUUCUGGCAAAUCAAGUUCUUCCAUAUGCUAAUGGUACUAACUCAGUUUGGUUUUUAAAUGUCUUAUCUCUGGACUGAAUUUAUUGUAUUCAGUUCCUUAUAACUACAUCAAUGUUAACAUACCACAACGGAAUUUUCAGGCUUUUUUUCCUGUGGAUUUUUUCCCUCAAAAUAGUUUUUCCUCCAAAGCCGUUUUUCCACUUGAUGAGGUGGUUUGUGACGAGGUUCACAUAACCUACUAGCUGUGAUGCUUCUCUCUGUUCUGAGACCAAUGAAAUGAGUUCAUUUACACCUGACCUAUCCCUGUAGCCCUAGAACCCAUUUCUUUGCCUGUUUUCUAGAUUAAAAAUAUUUAAUUUCUGUAGAUAGGAAGAGACUGUCCCUGUCAAAAAUAAUAAUAAUAGUGAAAAUAAGCUUUUUUACUAAUACUCAAACAGUCAUGUAUCACCUAGCUGAUAAAGAUUCGAAUUAGAGUAGCAAAUUUAUGGAAUUUUCAUGCCAGCCACACUAGAAAAUAAGAGGUAAAUACUGAUUUUUUUAUUGUUAGAAAGAAAUCCAUACCUGUGAGCAUGGUACCAUCCUGGAGAAUAUUCUCACACUGUUGAGAGAUUCCUGAGGGUUAGGUCUGGAUGCAGAGAUGAUUUUUCUGGUAGCCACGUGCUGGCUUGAAUGGAAAAGAUACGGUAAAAACUGCAGAUUGUCCCCUUCUGGGACUUAUUUCUAAGAAGGUUGAUCCCUUGGCUCUUUGCCUUAUCUGCCAUUCCAAGUUGUCUUUCCCUCUCGGGACAGAUCUUCAGGCAAGUGAUACCACUCAGACAAAGGCUUCUUGAGUCUCCAGAGCCAGACCUUGUGCAAAGAUUGAGAUGCACCUGAUCGAGUGGAAGAUAACCCACUGUGUUUCUGCAGCUUUCAACUUCAGUACAAUCUUCUUGUGUUUGUUUAUGGCAUAUUUUUGAAUGAGUUUGUUACAUCCAUCUGUCCCAUUUCUUGUAUUGAAGUGGGGUUGAUGAGACAGCUGAGACAAAUCUACAGAUACUGAAGUUUCCGUAAAGCUCUGCAGCAGUUGUGAUUUUCUCUUGGUUUCUUCCUUUCUCUGAGGAAGGAAAGAGUAGGAGGAGAGACAUGGUUUGUCAGCGUCCUCCAUCAGCUGGUGAAGGAUGCCCAGAGCAGUUGUUGUCCUUGCUACUUGGGUCAUUUUGUCUCUUUUGCUAUCUAGGUCACUGGCUAAGCAGUGAUUGUCUGUUGCCAGCUUUGUACAAAUUUGAAGUGAAGGAUAUACUUGGGAACGUCCUUCCCAAGACUGAAGAGUAUUUUGACCAUUUUACUUAAUGUUCCUUGCUUAUGUAUAGUCUAUCAAGCGACUUAGGCUGUUCUGUUUAACAAGUCUUUUGUAUUUAUUGUUUUCUUGCAAGCUGUCACUGGCAGGCAUCAUUAGUAAUUAUUUUAGUGGGCUGGUUAAGGCUGGGACAAGAAACAAAGAUAACGAACUAGAAAAAAAAAUCUCUAAGCUUAAGUUCAGUGAUUGUUGAUUGUGCAGAGAGCAUGAAGUUUUCAUUCAGGUGGGCUCUCAUUGGACCUUUUCCCAUUAUUUUUGAUGAAGGAAGUGGGCUUUUUCUGUCACUAGGGAGUGUUGCUUUUGUCAUUUAGAGAUGUUGGCUGACAGAAGCAAGUGUUGCUUUUUUGCAGUUGUUAUGUUUGUUCAUGCUGCACGCACAGAUCUCUCAGCUACUUCACAGACAUGAAGUAGAACACAGUGUUCAGAACACCAGGAUGAUGGGGCUCACGUCCAUUUAUCUUUAUGAGCUGUAAGUGAGAAAAAUACCAAAAGAAGAAAAUGUCCAGUAGGAUCUGAUCAGACGGUGAAAUGCACACUUUCUGUGCUCGUUGUUGUUUGUGGCUGGAAUAUUUUGGUACCAGUUGGUAUUUUGCUGCUUUUUGCAUAUGGAUUCGAGUGCCUCCUUUUUCUUUUCUCUUUUUUGUUUCUUUGAAUCACAGAGACCAUUCCCUGUGAACCAAGUGUGAUUUGGGUGUUGCAGGAUUUCUCUAAUGCUCACUUUAAUUGACUUGAGGGCCAGGGUAGUUGAGGAGACUGAUACCCCAGAAGCUAAUGUUAAGCUUUGGGCUGCAGAAACUGUUCUGCUCAACAUUUUUCUUUUUUAAAGCCUGUACUUUAAAUCUGAACAAUGAAAUUGAAACAGCGCUUGGCAAAGUGGGUCAGCACUUCAUAAAAUCUAAGACAAGACGCUGGAUUUAUUUGCUGCUGUCACUUUUUCUUUUUUUAACUUUGUACUGUAUGUAUUUUUAGCAUCUGUCCUCUUUUAGAAGUGAGUCUGUAUCAGUAAAUACAUUAAAUUACUGGAACUACUUUGCCUCAAAUUAAGUGUAUGCUUUCACUUACAAAGUUGCAGACUAAUUCUGAAUUCCUUUUGUCUGGGGAGUUGUCCUGCUGCCUCAGUUUACAGAUUCUUGUUUGGGGGUGUUCAGGGCCUAUAAAACUAGCCACUAACCUUUUCUCUUGUUACUUCUCUACAGGCAGCAUCAGUGGUUGGAAGCAGAAAUGUGUUACUUACACUGUAUCUGUUUUGUGUGUCAGUUCAUGUCUCAUUUUAGUAGCUGCUGUGCUCUUGUCUGCAGUGAACACACAUCCCAGUGUUUACAGUCCGUGGAGGAGAGAUCCAGUUCAGAGAGAAGGUGCUAUGGACAGCCAUCACUCUCUUCAUUUUCUUAGUAUGCUGUCAGAUACCUUUAUUUGGAAUCAUGUCAUCAGAUUCAGCAGAUCCUUUCUACUGGAUGCGAGUCAUUCUUGCAUCAAACAGAGGUACGUUGAUGGAAUUGGGUAUCUCUCCCAUUGUGACCUCUGGUUUGAUCAUGCAGCUGCUAGCUGGAGCAAAGAUCAUUGAAGUCGGUGAUACACCGAAAGACAGAGCCUUGUUCAAUGGAGCUCAGAAACUAUUUGGGAUGAUUAUUACCAUUGGGCAAGCCAUCGUCUAUGUUAUGACUGGAAUGUAUGGAGAUCCUGCUGAAAUGGGUGCUGGCAUUUGCCUUCUCAUUAUAAUUCAGCUAUUUGUUGCUGGCUUGAUUGUGCUGCUGUUAGAUGAGUUGCUGCAGAAAGGUUAUGGGUUGGGAUCUGGUAUUUCCCUCUUUAUUGCUACCAAUAUCUGUGAAACCAUUGUCUGGAAGGCGUUUAGUCCCACUACCAUCAACACUGGCAGAGGAACAGAGUUUGAAGGUGCUGUGAUUGCAUUGUUUCAUCUUCUGGCUACGCGAACCGACAAAGUCCGCGCCUUGCGGGAGGCUUUUUACCGACAGAAUUUGCCCAACCUCAUGAAUUUGAUUGCUACAGUGUUUGUAUUUGCUGUAGUCAUCUAUUUUCAGGGCUUUCGUGUUGAUUUGCCCAUCAAGUCUGCCCGGUACCGAGGGCAGUACAGUAGCUACCCGAUCAAGCUCUUCUACACCUCCAACAUUCCCAUCAUUCUGCAGUCUGCCUUAGUUUCAAACCUCUAUGUUAUUUCCCAGAUGUUGUCUGUUCGUUUUAGUGGCAACUUCUUGGUGAACUUAUUAGGACAGUGGGCAGAUGUGAGUGGCGGUGGCCCUGCUCGUUCUUACCCUGUUGGUGGUCUGUGCUACUACUUGUCCCCUCCAGAAUCCAUGGGUGCAAUAUUUGAGGAUCCUGUCCAUGUAAUCGUUUACAUAAUUUUUAUGUUGGGCUCCUGCGCUUUUUUCUCGAAGACUUGGAUUGAAGUGUCUGGUUCAUCAGCAAAAGAUGUUGCCAAGCAACUCAAGGAACAGCAAAUGGUGAUGAGAGGCCACAGGGAUACUUCAAUGGUUCAUGAGCUUAACAGGUAUAUCCCUACAGCAGCUGCGUUUGGUGGUUUGUGCAUUGGUGCCCUUUCAGUUCUGGCUGACUUUCUAGGAGCCAUUGGGUCGGGCACUGGCAUUCUGCUUGCAGUCACCAUUAUUUAUCAGUAUUUUGAAAUAUUUGUAAAAGAACAGGCAGAAGUUGGAGGAGUAGGAGCGUUAUUUUUCUAGAUGUCCCAACAUUUCAUGUUUGUGGGAAAGGGAAAGUAUUUUGACAACAUGAGUCAUUUAGUCCAACAAUGCUAUUUUCUUUUUACUUGUUUUCAAGUGCUACAUGUCCCAUUGCUGUAAUGGGCCUUGAGCAAUGCCUGCGUGCAGCAUCAGUACCAGCUGCCUUAAGAAUAAAGUUUACAUUAUCUUGUUUGAGUAUAUCUAAUGUUGCCUGUAAUGCUGGAAACCAAUUCAUCUACCUUGCUGUUCAGACACUACAGUGAGAUGGUAAAAUGUAUCAGUUUGGCGCUGGUAAACAUUUUUGCAUACAGCAUAAAAAUGUUAAAUUUAUUUCCCCAUCCUUAAUAGGAAAAAAAUUAAUCUGAGUUCAGAAUGCCACGUGCCAGUGUUCUCGAAAGAGUUGAUUUGUAGCCUGUACCUUAAUUUUUUUAUACUUAUUUAACUUGUAUUUUGCCAUCAUUGAAUUCAGCACUCCCUUCUCCUUGGUGGUGUCCCCACCCAGUCGCCUGCCCCUCAGCUCCAAGGCUGGACAAGCAAACAUUUUACCAGAGACUGAUACCCAUCUCAUCUGUGAACUGGUUUUGUGGUGGAUUUGCUGCAUUGCAAAGCCUGGGGCACGUCAAUUCCUUGCCCUGGGCUUCCUAUGAGACAGCAUGGUACUGCUGUCAUGCUGCCAAGCCAGCCCCGUAGUUUUGUUUUAAACAUGUAUUUGUGAAGACUGUGCCACUGAAACUUCAUGUCCACUUUGCUUUUGUGAGUCUAAAGAACAAAGCCUGGUUCCUAAAGCGGUGUUCAUAGAAGGGAAGGGGGGAACGUGAAGUUCCUACUGAAAACUUAUUUAUGUUGUUGCACUUUACAGUGGCAACGUAACAAGUGUAAACAUUAGACAAUAAACUUAUUUAAUUAAGCUC